AUGGACAAUUUAAUAAAAGUUGUGCCUCCAGAGUUAGCAAAGAAGAAGCAGAGGAAACGCUUAAAUGAUAAUAUUAAGAAAAAUGGACAAAAUCGGUACUUGGCGAAAUCUUUACCCAAAAAGCCCACAUGUAAGCACAUCAAAAAAGGCAAAUACAAAUGUGAAUCUUUAACGUCUAAUACAAUUUUCUACUUCCAUCAGAAGUUUUAUAGCAGUCACAAGAAAAUUGAUCAAGAUAAUUUUAUUCUCAAAUAUACAUCUACAAAGCCAACAAAGGGUAAUGCAAUAUCCUGCAUGUUCAAAGAAGUCAAGCGCAAUUUAAUUUCAAAACAAUUGAUGUAUACUCAAUUUGGUGAUCCUUUGGAAGUUGUGAAGAUAAGAGAAUGUGAGGUGCCUCCUCUUGGCCAGCAGGAUGUACUUGUCCGCAUGUUAGCAGCACCAGUGAAUCCUGCUGAUAUAAAUACCAUACAAGGUAAAUACCCAGUUAAAAUAGAAUUGCCUAUUGUGGCAGGUAACGAAGGUGUAGGUAUAGUAGAGGAAGUAGGCCAAGAUGUAAAGGGGGUUCGGCCAGGUAACAAGGUCAUAGUCACAACAUCAAAACAAGGCACUUGGCGAGACAUAGCUAUAUUCAAUAAAAAUGUACUCAAAGUAGUUCCCGAUAACAUAGGUGUAGUAGAAGCUGCAACACUGACUGUCAAUCCAUGCACUGCUUACAGAAUGCUAAGUGACUUUAAACCAGUGAGAGAAGAGGGUUUAGUUGUCAUACAGAAUGGAGCCAAUAGUGCAUGCGGGCAAAAUGUAAUUCAAUUAUGUAAAGCAUGGGGUAUUAAAAACAUUAACAUAGUUAGGAACAGGCCUGAAAUUACUGAUUUAAAGACAUAUUUGACAAAUUUAGGCGCUACUUAUGUAUUGACAGAAGAAGAGCUUCGAUCCACAAAUAUAUUUAAGGAUAAGUUAAUAGAAAAACCAAUGCUGGCACUGAAUUGUGUUGGAGGGAAGAGUUCCUUAGAAAUGCUACGACACCUACAACAUUCUGGAAGUAUGGUCACUUAUGGAGGCAUGUCCAGAGAACCGGUUACAAUACCAACAUCUGCCUUUAUUUUCAAGAAUGUCUCCUCCUUUGGCUUUUGGAUGACUGCAUGGAGUGAUAAAGCUAAUGCUAAUGAGAAAGAUAAGAUGAUGACAGACCUCAUUUCGUUAAUAUGUGAUCAAAAAGUGAAAGCACCUAUUCACAAGAUGGUAAAAUUUGAUCAUUAUGUGGAGGCCUUAGGAAAUGCUCUAACAUCUAAGGGAUUUACAGGGUGGAGGCAAAUAUAUCGCCCCAACUUACCAACGGUGCCAGGAGACGAAGGUGUCGGAGAAGUAGUUGAAAUCGGAAGUAAAGUAUGUUGUGUAGGAAUUGGAAAUAGAGUUGUUUUAACUCGAAAUCUGCUUGGCACCUGGCGAUAUUAUGGUAUUUAUCCUGAAGGAGCUCUACAUAGAAUUCCACACAAAUUACCCCUUGCAGAAGCUUCCAUGCUAUCUAUAGCUCCCUGCACUGCACUCAGAAUGAUGAGUGACUUCAGAAAUGUAGAACCGGGUCAAACUAUAAUGCAAAAUGCAGCUAACAGUCCAGUUGGCCAGUGCGUCAUAAUGCUAUGUAAAGCGUUAGGAAUAAAAACCUUGAACAUCGUAGCCAAUCACUGUGAGUUUAACGCUGUGAAGGAGUCCCUUAUGGGACUAGGAGGUAACCUCGUGUGUACGUUAGAAGAAGCUGAAGAAAUGUCAAGUUUUAGUACAGCUUUAUCUCGACCUGUAUUAGCUUUUAAUUGUUUAGGAGGGCGAUAUGAAGACGUUAUGCUCCGAUUACUUGAAUCCAACGGUACCCUUGUCUAUUAUGGAUGCUCUUAUGAUUUACCGAUGGCUAAGCAAAGUAGACGUCCAGAUGCGAAAUUUUAUAAAUUUCAUUAUGGAAAGUGGUCUCAAACAGGUACUAAAAUAGAAAAAACUAAAAUGCUGAACAAACUGGUUGAGUUAAUUGUUAUUGGUAAACUUCAAGCUCCAGUGUAUAUACCAAUACAACUAAAAGAUUACAUACAUGCAUUUAGAAACACUGUACAUUGCGAGGCUUUCGCUACAAAAAGUUACAUAUUCGACUUUACUUGCCCCUAA